AGCAGCCUUUCUCCAUGGGGUGUCUUUGCAAAUCUGUUCUAUUAACCAAAGCCCUUUGCCCACUGAGGCUCUCCCCACCCCUUGAGGUCCUGAGUCAUUAUUUUAACUACCCUCAAGGAAGUUUUGCACCCUAGACUCUGUAGCUCUCUACAGCCCAGUGCACUGCUCAGUGAUGGCUUGUGGAGUUGUGAUCUUCGUGUGCAGCUGGGUCCUGGCUUUCUGUGAUGGGUCCAGCCUGGAUGUGGAGAAGCCCACCGUGUUCAGUGAGGAUGCAGCUGGCUUUGGGCAGACUGUGGUCCAGUUUGGUGGAUCUCGACUCGUCGUGGGAGCCCCUCUGGAGGUGGUGGAAGUCAACCAAACAGGACAAUUAUAUGACUGUGCACCUGCCACUGGCAUGUGCCAACCCAUCUUACUGCCCAUUCCCCUAGAGGCUGUGAACAUGUCCCUGGGCCUGUCUCUGGUGGCUGCCACCAAUCACUCCCACUUGCUGGCCUGCGGUCCAACUGUGCAGAGAGCUUGUGCGAAGAACAUGUAUGCAAAGGGUUCCUGCCUCCUUCUAGGCUCCAGCUUGCAGUUCAUCCAGGCGGUCCCUGCUACCCUGCCAGAGUGUCCAGUACAAGAUAUGGACAUUGCUUUCCUGAUUGAUGGCUCCGGCAGCAUUGAGAAAAGUGAUUUUAGCCAGAUGAAGACCUUCGUCAAAGCUUUGAUGGGCCUGUUUUCAAGCAACAACACCUUGUUCUCCCUGAUGCAGUAUUCAAACAUCCUAAAGACCCAUUUCACCUUCACCAAAUUCCGGAGCAGCUCGAACCCCCAGAGCCUGGUGGAUUCCAUCGUCCAGCUGCGGGGCCUGACAUUCACAGCCACAGGCAUCCAGAAAGUGGUGGAAGAGCUAUUUCACAGCAAGAAUGGGGCCCGCAAAAAUGCCAAGAAGAUCCUAAUUGUCAUCACAGAUGGGCAGAAAUUUAGAGAUCCCCUGUUGGAUGGACCAGUUCUGGGAGCUGUGGGAAGCUUCAGCUGGUCUGGAGGUGCCUUCUUAUACCCUCCAAAUACGAGACCUACCUUCAUCAACAUGUCUGAGGAGAAUGUGGACAUGAGGGAUGCUUACCUGGGUUACUCCACCGCGCUGGCCUUUUGGAAGGGGGUCUACAGCCUGGUCCUGGGGGCCCCUCGACACCAGCACACGGGGAAGGUUGUCAUCUUUACCCAGAAAUCCCAGAAAUGGAGGCCCAAGUCUGAAGUCAGCGGGACACAGGUUGGUAUGGAAGAAGCCACAUUCCAAGGGGACCGUUAUGCCAAAGAAAGAGCUGGAACAAACCCUUGGGGGUAUAAAGAAGCCAGGGCACCCAGGGAAGAGCUGGUAAUUCCGGUACCUGGAAAAGAACACUGUAGGGAGUUUAGCGCCAUGGACACUGAGGCUGCGGCUAGAUGCACCUGGAGACCGUCAUUAUUUUCCUGCUUCAUCUGCUGGGCUCAGCACUCCGCAGCAAGCUGCGGAUCAAAUGGAGACGGCGCCAAAGCUGUUUUUCACCAACAUGCCAUUUUCUCCAGGCAGGAGGAAUCCACGAAGCAUUUCAACUUUUCAUCUUCCGAUGGGGAGACGAGGAGAGAGGCUGAGCAUCGCUAUCGUGUGAAUAACUUGAGUCAGUGGAAGCUGGCCGUCAGGGUUAACUUCUGGGCCCCCAUCCUAUUGAAUGGCGUGACUGUGUGGGAGGUGGCCGUGCAGGCCUCAGCACAGGCAUCAGCCUGAAGUUCCUCUCUCUCCAGACUCCCUUUCAAUAACAA